ACGCCGCGCGGCUUCCGGCGGGGCUCGCCGAGCAUGGGGAAGGUGAGGGGGCUGCGCGCCCGCGUGCACCAGGCGGCGGUGAGGCCCGCGGGGCAGGCGGCGUCGGGACCCGCGCCCCCGGAUCCGGAGGCGGCCCCGGCUCGGGAGGCGGCCGGCGGGCUCGGCGCGAAGGAAUGGGCUUUCGUGAACAGUGAUGUUUUUGCCGGGACCAAGAUAGACCCCAGUGCCUUGGUGCAGAAGCUGGACCCAGACACGAGGAGCGUUGCUUCCGUCAGGAGAGGUGCGGAGGCGAGGACUGUUUUGCCAAAGAAGGAGAAACUGAAGCUGCGGCGUGAGAGGUGGCUGCAAAAAAUCGAAGCCAUAAAGCUGGCUGAGCAGAAGCGCAAGGCGGAGCGGAGACGGAGGGCCACGGUGGUGGUGGGGGACCUGCAGCCCCUGAGAGACGCGCUCCCUGAGCUGCUGGAGCUGGAGGCUGCUGGCUGGCAGCCACGGACCAGAGGCAGGGUGAGCCGCAGGCCCCGGCCCGCCGAGUUCAGCCGCAUGAGCGCUGCACAGAGGCUUCAGCUCCUUGAGGAAGAAAGUGCCCGUUUUCGGGAGCUGCUGGCCAAUCCGACCUACAGGGCCAGCCCCCUGCUGGCCAUCGGGCAGCGGCUGGCUCAGCAGAUACAGCUGGACAGCGGCAGCCAGCUCUGAGUGGCUGUGACCCCGCCGGGAGGCGUGCCGUGAGCCCCAAGAUCGCCCCUCGCAGGCCUUGCACCGAACCUGGUGCAACGAAUAAAGGUGUGAUCUCAGGCAUCGGGGUGGGGGCAGUUCUCUGUGCCCCCCGCAGGCCCCUGCGCUUCCAGACUGCUCUGAGGCUUCUCCAGGUUGGCCAGCCAGGAUGGCUGCCCGCGGUCCCCGGGCCCCCACAGCAUCCAGCACCCAGCACUCGGGGCUGUGAGGACCCCCGCUGCUCCGCAGCCCUGAGAUGCCGUCGUGUCGGGUUCUGUGGGAACCUGCUGCCCUCCCACUUCCCAGGGGCUCAAAUGGGACACCUCGUGCUGUCCUGUCCUGCCCCGUGCCACCCUGGCCCUUCCCUCGCCGGGUCCCCUUUAGCUCCAAGCCUGUGUUGUUCCCCGCCUGUUCCUCUGACUCAAGUGGACAGGGCCCGGUUGUCCACAGUCCGAGGCUGGGAGCCAGCCUGGUCCCACCUGGGGCCACAUGGCUGACCUGCAAGCGAGAUGACUGUGUGCUAGAAGCCUGGGCUUUGGAGGCCAGACUGCAGGAACACUGACGGAAAGCCUCAGUUUGAGGAUGUGGAGGGGGCUCCUUCUCCCGGCCCCACAGGCCGAGGCUUGUCCAGGGGGUGGGAGCUGGGAGUGCUGCGUGGGGACUCCUUGCCCGCAUCCUGCAGGGUUGGUGGUGGUGGUGUGUGGCCCAGGGGUCUGGGCACCCCUACGCGGCUGUGGGGGGUGGGCUCCAGCCUUGGGUGCUGUGUCUGUGCGUUCAGGCGCCAGGCACUAGGCUUUGUGGCUCAGCGGCGUGGGCCCAGGUAUGUCCUCCCCCUCCGUGGCCAGCGUGCUCACGAUUCACGGACACCUGAGCAGCGCCCUCCUCCAAGGCCGUUUGGGAACCGGCGGCUGAACGGAAUCCAAGCCCGUGCCCCACCCCUCCUUGGGCAUCCCGGGCCCCUUCUCUGCACAAGAGCACACAAUGUGGGCACUUUCCAGGCACGGGACGCAGACAGGGACAGAUGUGACCGUGAGGCUGCAGGUGGGAGCCUGAAUCCCCUCGGCCAGAGGGCAGCACGGCCCUCCAGCCAGGACCGCCAGCCCCUAAGCGACGGGUCGUUCUUGUUCUCCGCACAGAACUCGGUUCUCUAGACGGGAGAUCAGCUGCUUACAAAAUGAUAUUUGUGACGAACUGAUUUUUGCAAUAAAAUAAGUGCUGGGAGAAA